AUGGUCAAGUAAGUCCAGCUUGGAGGACACUGCGGCGGCGACGAGUCCUCGGCGGCAGUAUGAUCACGACAUGCAUGCUGGGGAAAUCGGGCCAGCAGUGCUUCCGCGUGAGGAAACACUGGGGACAGCAUAGCUAACGGGCACUCUACAGCUUCACCGUCGAGGAGAUCCGGUCCUUGAUGGACAACCCGAUAAACAUUCGUAACAUGUCCGUCAUUGCCCAUGUCGACCACGGAAAGUCGACCCUCACCGACUCGCUCGUCCAGCGCGCCGGUAUUAUCUCAGCCAAGAACGCCGGUAGCGCCCGAUUUACGGAUACCCGUGCGGACGAGCAAGAGCGUGGUGUCACAAUCAAGUCUACUGCCAUCUCCCUCUACGGUCAACUGCUUGAGGAUGAGGAUCUGAAGGACAUUCCGGUCAAGACUGAGAAGAACGACUUCUUGGUCAACUUGAUCGACUCCCCUGGACACGUUGACUUCUCUUCCGAGGUCACUGCUGCGCUCCGUGUCACCGAUGGUGCGCUCGUCGUCGUCGACACCAUUGAAGGUGUGUGCGUGCAGACCGAGACUGUGCUCCGUCAGGCUCUCGGUGAGCGUAUCAAGCCCGUCGUCAUCAUCAACAAGGUCGACCGUGCACUGCUUGAGCUGCAACUGUCCAAGGAAGACCUUUUCCAGAACUUCAGCCGUGUUAUCGAGUCCGUCAACGUCGUCAUUUCUACCUACUUCGAUAAGGCCCUCGGUGACUGCCAGGUCUACCCCGACAAGGGUACCGUCGCCUUCGGUUCCGGUCUUCACGGCUGGGCUUUCACUGUCCGCCAAUUCGCCACCAAGUACUCCAAGAAGUUUGGUGUCGACAAGAACAAGAUGAUGGAGCGUCUCUGGGUGAGUCUUCGCGUGGCAAGUUCGAUUUGAGUGUGCUUGCUGAUCUUUUCCAAGGGCGACUCCUUUUUCAACCCAAAGACCAAGAAGUGGACCAAGGUGGGCACCCACGAGGGACAGCAAUUGGAGCGUGCCUUCAACCAGUUCUGCUUGGACCCAAUCUUCCGCAUCUUCGACAACAUCAUGAACUUCAAGAAAGACGAGGUGCCCAAGCUCCUUGAAAAGCUUGAGAUCAAGCUUGCUGGUGACGAGAAGGACCUCGAGGGCAAGCAAUUGCUCAAGGUUGUCAUGCGCAAGUUCUUGCCAGCUGCGGACGCUCUCAUGGAGAUGAUGAUUCUCCACCUCCCAUCUCCCGCUACUGCCCAGAAGUACCGUAUGGAGACUUUGUACGAGGGUCCUCAAGACGAUGUCUCGGCCAUUGGUAUCCGUGACUGCGACCCCAAGGGACCUCUCAUGCUUUACGUCUCCAAGAUGGUACCGACUUCCGACAAGGGUCGAUUCUACGCUUUCGGCCGUGUCUUCUCCGGUACUGCCCGCUCUGGUCUCAAGGUCCGUAUCCAGGGACCCAACUACACCCCAGGCAAGAAGGAAGAUCUGUUUGUCAAGUCCAUUCAGCGUACCAUUCUCAUGAUGGGUCGUUACACUGAGCCUAUCGAGGAUGUGCCAGCCGGUAACAUUCUGGGUCUGGUCGGUAUUGACCAGUUCUUGCUCAAGUCUGGUACCCUCACCACUGAUGAGACCUCGCACAACCUAAAGGUCAUGAAGUUCUCCGUCUCGCCCGUCGUGCAGCGCUCCGUCGAGGUAAAGAACGCUAACGACCUGCCCAAGCUCGUCGAAGGUCUCAAGCGUCUCUCCAAGUCGGAUCCUUGCGUCUUGACCUACAUCUCUGAGUCCGGUGAGCACGUCGUUGCUGGUGCCGGUGAGCUCCACCUGGAAAUCUGCUUGAAGGAUCUCGAGGAGGACCAUGCCGGUGUUCCGCUCCGUGUUUCCGACCCCGUCGUCCAGUACCGUGAGACUGUCGGUGGCGAUUCCAGCAUGACUGCUCUUUCCAAGUCGCCCAACAAGCACAACCGUCUCUACGUCACCGCAACUCCUUUGGCCGAGGAGGUCUGCAAGGACAUCGAGUCUGGCAAGAUCGGCCCACGUGACGAUUUCAAGGCCCGCGCUCGUAUCCUCGCUGACGACCACGGCUGGGAUGUCACUGACGCUCGUAAGAUCUGGUGUUUUGGACCAGACACCAACGGCGCCAACUUGCUCGUUGACCAGACCAAGGCCGUCCAGUACCUCAACGAAAUCAAGGAUUCUGUCGUCUCCGGUUUCCAGUGGGCCACCAAGGAAGGCCCAGUCGCUGAGGAGCCAAUGCGUAGCAUUCGCUUCAACAUCAUGGAUGUCACCCUCCACACCGAUGCCAUCCACCGUGGUGGUGGUCAGAUCAUCCCAACUGCUCGUCGCGUUCUGUACGCCGCCACUCUCCUCGCCGAGCCCGGUCUCCUUGAGCCCGUCUUCUUGGUCGAGAUUCAAGUGCCAGAGAACGCCAUGGGUGGUAUCUACUCCGUCCUCACCCGUCGGAGAGGUCACGUCUUCGAGGAAGCCCAGCGUCCAGGUACCCCACUGUUCAACAUCAAGGCCUACUUGCCUGUCAACGAGUCUUUCGGUUUCAACGCAGAUCUUCGUUCCAACACUGGUGGCCAGGCCUUCCCACAGUCCGUCUUCGACCACUGGCAGAUCCUGCCCGGUGGUUCAGUGCUGGACAAAACCUCGAUUCCCGGCAAGAUCGUCGAGGACAUGCGGAAGCGCAAGGGUAUCAAGCCAGAAGUGCCCGGCUACGAGAACUACUACGACAAGUUGUAA